AACUAACAAGAGCUUAGAUAGCGCCUCUGGUCGCAGCUAUCUUUUCAAGCAAUCGCAUUCCCUCCGCCGCGUUACCUUCAAGCUUGCAUUGCCCUUUUUCUCACCUCUUGUUUACAACGCGACCAGGGCGACCUAAGCAGGAAUGGCUGAUGCGCGCGCAGUUGUCGCGGCAGCUCCGCCCGAGCUAUUGGAGAGCGUCCGCAAGGAGAUUCGUGGCUUUGGGGAUGUAGCAGAAGAUGUCAUCACUGAGCAGUGCGAUGACGCCACGAUCCAGCGGUACUUGCGCGCACGGAAUGGGAACGUGCAUAAAGCGGCGAAGCUCCUUCACGGCACGCUGCUCUGGCGCAAGGAGUUUAAGACGGACACGCUCACCAUUGGCGAGUUCGACGGCCGCACCCUCAGCAGCGGCCGCAUGUACAUCGCCGGCAAUGACACCUCGGGCAAAAGUAUCCUGGUGACCCGCAAGCGCAGUGACGCCUUCCAGGCCGGUGAGUUCACGUCCUACCUGCGCUACCUGGUGUUCACACUGGAGACCGGCGUGAGGGCCAUGAAGGACGGACAGGACAAGUGGGUGUGGCUGAUGGACAUGCGCGGCUACUCACGUGCCAACUCGCCGCCGCUGGGCGUGUCUAUGGCCACGCUGCGCAUUCUCGCGGACCACUUCCCGGAGCGCCUGCACCGCUGCUUCUUCAUCGACGCCCCGGGCAUCUUCUCAUUCCUGUUCAACGCGCUGUGGCCCUUCAUCGACCCGGUCACGCGGCAGAAGAUUGUGUUCAUCAACACCAAGGACUACAGCAAGCAGAUCGACGCCGUGAACGCGGCGGGCUCCGAUGGGGCGGCGCGCGAGGCGGCGCUGCAGGAGGCCGCCAAGCCCGCGGAGCCGGACGCAUUCGACAACUACCUGCGCUGGUACUGCUCCCAGUACGACGAGGCUGAGUACCGCAAACUGCUGGCGGCCGUGGGCUGGCAGUGAAAGUAACGUGCGUGGCAUGAGCCGUGCCUGGCAGCUUGCCUGUGCGGCCUGUCCAUACAAUGCAGUUUAAAGGGUGACUGCUUGCGGUGCAGCCGCGAUUUGUGUGUCACACCUGCACAGUUCAGAGUCAUAUGCAAACCAUUAUUUAUCACGGGGUGUUUUGGGGGAAGAGUAGAAGUGAAGGUGUUGGAAGGGAGACACCGGGUGGAAGGAGCGAAGAACUUGCCAUGCCUGUAGGUGAAGACUUGGGGUCUUGUGUGUGGCUGUUGCGCUGCCUCGGUACAUAACAGCGUGCUUAUGUUGGAAAUAUGCAGGGCUGGGGUGGGCACCGCAUGGGCUUGGGAUAGGCUGGCCCAGUUCGGGGGAGAUUCGUGGCCGGGGGGCGAACGGGAAGGCUCGACCACCCACGGCGCUUUCGAGGUGUGAUACCAUAUGGUAUUUUGGCAAGCAUUGCACAUGAACCAAAGGUUACUGUACUGAGUAGCAUUAUGAUGCUGGCGAAACGCAUGGGCCGACGGUUGGCCGCGGUUAGAAGAUGUCGUGAGCGGAGGGUGCGGAGGGAGUACCACGAGACAAGAGGCACAUGCGGCCAUUUAGGACGCGGCUGGACAUGCCGCCGGUGUUCAGAACACGCCGUACAGGGUAUUUCAUGAUAGCGGUAUUUUCCAGGGCGGUCGCUGUAUCCGGCCUUACAGCAAUCAAACGCCGACAUGCGCACACAGAAUCGAGGGGGUUUCACGCAUCUUGUAACACAAUGCCGGG